AUGCGGGGACUCUAUGAGAAGCUUGAUGAUUUGCUGCCUGAUGGCCGCCUCUCAGACACCCUCGUGAUCUUUGUCUAUUCAGACAGCGAUACGGAGUAUGAGCAGAACCUGCAGUUCUUUGUUCGCCAUGGCAUGUGGGAAGGGGAUGGAUGUGACUACAUCAUUGUGGUUCAGCAGGACACUGCAUUGUUCAGCUCAUCGACCCUGCCAUCACUGCCUCGCAAUGCCCGCUACAUCUUCCAUGAGAACAAAUGCUAUGACUGGGGAACUUUCGGCUGGGUGUUUGCUGAGAGCAAAGUGGACUCAUCCCUCUACAAGAGCAUCAUCUUUAUGAACUCAUCAGUGCGGGGGCCUUUCAUGCCGCCAUACUUCCCUAUUGGGCUGCACUGGAGCAAGCUGCUGACCCUGCGGCUCAGCAGCACAGUCAAGCUUGUAGGCAGCACCAUCAGCUGUGAGCCAGCCUGGGAGGGAGGCAACACUGCAAAUGAGAAACGGCAGAAUGCACAUGUGCAGUCUUAUGUCAUGGCCACAGACCAGGUGGGGCUGAAAGCCCUGCAAGAUGACGGGCGAGUCUUUGCCUGCUACGACAACAUGGCAGACACGAUUUUCCAUGCAGAAGUGGGGGCGUCGCGCAUCAUCUUUGAACAGGGAUACACCGUCGACUCCCUCAUGCUCAAGUACCAGCAUGUGAACUGGACAGACACCAGCAAUUGGAACUGUAAUGCCGGGCUGAACCCAUAUGCGGAGUAUGCCUACGAUGGGCUGGUGCUGAACCCCUUGGAGGUCCUGUUUGUGAAGGUGAAGGGGUUUCAGAUGCAAGGAGGAUGGCUGUCAGCUCAGAUGGCCACCACCUACGACCGGUGGCUCUCCAGCAAUCAGGUGGCUGAGGGAGCUGCCAAUGAGAAUGUGUAUGACAAGGCACGCAUGAGCUUCAGGCUUGGCAAAGCAAUCACCAUGUUGCUGCGCGGCAACUCCUGCUUUGACUACGCCCUCUACCGUGCCAGAAGCCGUGACCUGCCUGGAACAAUGACAGAUGAGCAGAUGUGGGACCACUUUGUCCAUGAUGGGCAAUUCGAGGGCCGCCCCUUCAGGUGCUGCAUGCACCCAUUUCCAUCGAACUGUGUUGCAUGA